AUGCCAAAGUUUCAGCAAGCGGUUCGAGAUUCUCAACAACGGCUCACUUCUUUCCUGAAUCCAUGCUCGAGCGGAGACCUGAACGAGUGGGCUUAUAAUAUUACCGAAGAACUGAUUAGAUGCGAUGAUGAUGAAAUAGUCAGCAGAGCUGGGGACGGAUACGUCGAACGGCACUGUCAAAGUGAAAAGGAAUCAUCUUCGAAUCGAUCGGUGUUUCUUCGAAGGCUUUCUUAUUUGGAGGAAAACUGUUCGUGUAUCGUUCGAUGUGAUAAUGGCGUAGAAUUCUUUCGUUUUGCUGGUUGUCGAUGUUUACGAGAUGAGCUUACACGCACAGGUAAGCAGGCGUGGUAUCGUGAUCGACCUGCUGAUCGAUAA